GUUCACGCAAUGCUUCGUGCGAAAAGUAUUAACCGCUAGUUGCGACUGAACCACAAUGUCAAAGCAAGUUCCUUCGGUGAGCCUUAGCAAUGGCUACAAAAUUCCGUCCAUUGGCUACGGAACGUACUUGGCACUAAAGGGCAAGGGUGUUGAGCUGGUGAAGAAAGCGAUUGAUGCCGGCUAUCGUCACAUCGACACAGCAUUCCUGUAUGAGAAUGAGCACGAAAUCGGACAAGCAAUACGGGAAAAGAUCGCGGAAGGUGUGAUCCGCCGGGAAGAUGUGUUCGUAACGACCAAACUGUGGAACACGUUCCACGACCCAGCCCAUGUAGAAGAAGCGUUUCGGCGGUCGUACAACUCGCUGGACAUCGGGUACAUCGACCUCUUUCUGAUCCACUCUCCGAUGGGCCAACAGUUUGCUGGGUACGAGAUCGAGGACAUGCAACCGAAAGAUUCUGCCGGAAGCAUGCUACUGUCGGAUGUUGAUUAUGUGGACACAUGGAAGGCGAUGGAGAAGCUGGUCAGUUCCGGAUGGGUUCGAAGUAUCGGACUGUCGAACUUUAACAGUGAACAGAUUGAGCGCAUCCUUGCGGUGGCCACAAUCAAACCGGUCAACAAUCAGAUCGAAGUAAAUCCCGGGUACGAUCAGCGGCGGUUGAUCGAGUUCUGCCGGGAACGUGGUAUCACGGUGACAGCUUAUGGUCCGAUGGGACGGCCGCAUCGAACGACGUACGGAAAUCGAAGCGCUCUUGAUGAUCCAAAAGUGCGCGAAAUUGGCCAAAAGUAUGGUAAAACCAAUGGCCAGGUGAUAUUACGCUAUCUGAUCGACCUAGGAACGAUUCCGAUUCCAUAUUCCACCAACGACGAACGCAUCCGACAGAAUAUUGACGUGUUUGACUUCAAGCUUACCGACGACGAAAUCCAAUUCAUGACCUCGUUUCAUUCGGAACGCACCAUUCAGUUCCUGCCCCUUAAAGGCCACAAGUACUAUCCUUUCAAUGCCGAAUUUUGAAAAAAGGCAAGCUCUGAAUAAUUUGGUUUGGUUUAGCUUAUUCUUCCCGGUGUUCGAACAAUACAUUGAAGUUUUCUUCCAAAUAAAAUGAAAACCUUAAU